AGGAGUUAUUCAGACAAGAACCCAUCUGUGUAUGUGUUGUGGUGUUAAAGGUUUUGGGUCGCGCUUUUACUUCGUUUUGACGCCUGUGUAACUUGGACAGGGUAAGAGGCAGACAAACAGUAGAACACGACAAGAAGCACGCCUUGAAGCUUCGAUUUGCCCACGUCUGCAACAACCAAUAGCCCAUGACAUCCAAUCAAACCAACGGUUCUGCGUCUUCCCUGGAAUCUUUGAAUUGGGUCAGUCUUUGCCUUCACUGAUAUAUAAAAUCAGAAUUGAAGAACACUCAUUUAAGGUCAUCCCAGUAGAAUUUUUGGAUUUUCGAAGCGACCCCGUUGAGUUCAGCUCAUUCUCUCUGUUCUGAGUUCUGGUAGACUGUAAUUGUGACCACAAAUAAGUAAGUGAUUUACUGUUUUUGAGAUGUCUGCUGUUGCUCUUUGGGUGGUUCCUUCUCAAGAGAAUGUAACCAAUCUUGUUAGAUUAGUGGGUAGAAAUUUUAGUGGUGGCAGGAGGAAAUGUGGGUCUUGCUUGAAUUUCUCAGCUGGGUUGUCGAUUUCGUGCACUGCGGUGGCGAAUCCGUUGAGAUCUUCUGAAGAGAUGGUUUAUGAUGUGGUGCUUCAGCAAGCGGCUUUGGUCCAAGAACAGAGGAGGAGGAGAAGAGUUGUCGAUUGGAGACCGUCGGAAGCUUAUUUCUUGACGAAUCCAACUCUUUUGAACGAAGCUUAUGAACGAUGUGGUGAGGUCUGUGCUGAGUAUGCGAAGACAUUUUACUUGGGGACAUUACUAAUGACACCAGAGAGGCGAAGGGCUGUGUGGGCAAUAUACGUAUGGUGCCGGAGGACAGAUGAGCUUGUGGAUGGGCCUAAUGCUGCACACAUCACACCAAAGGCUCUUGAUCGAUGGGAGCAAAGAUUGGUUGACCUCUUUGAGGGCUGUCCUUAUGACAUGUAUGAUGCUGCUCUAUCCGAUACUGUCUCCAAAUACCCUGUUGACAUCCAGCCCUUUAAGGACAUGAUCAAAGGGAUGAGCCUGGACUUGAAGAAAUCUAGAUACAAGAACUUUGAUGAGCUGUAUCUCUACUGUUAUUACGUAGCUGGUACAGUUGGACUAAUGAGUGUUCCAGUGAUGGGGAUUUCCCCGGUAUCAAAGGCGUCUGCAGAGAGUGUUUAUAACUCUGCAUUAGCCCUUGGGAUUGCUAAUCAGCUCACCAACAUUCUCAGGGAUGUUGGAGAAGAUGCCAGGAGGGGAAGGAUAUAUCUUCCUCAGGAUGAAUUGGCACGUGCUGGCCUCUCUGAGGAUGACAUCUUCCAUGGGAAAGUUACUGGGAAGUGGAGGAAUUUCAUGAGGAGUCAGAUUAAACGUGCAAGAUUGUUCUUUGAUGAAGCUGAGAAGGGUGUCGAUGAGUUGAACCCAGAAAGUAGAUGGCCGGUAUGGACAUCCUUGUUGCUAUAUCGGCAGAUCUUAGAUUCAAUUGAAGCAAAUGACUACAACAACUUCACAAAGAGAGCCCAUGUAGGGAAGGUUAAGAAGUUAUUCUCAUUGCCAGUGGCCUACACCAGAGCACUAUUAGGACCUUCUAAACUAACCAGUUUGACAGGGAGAGGAGUUCAGUUUUUUCCCUUCAAAUGAAGGGCCCUUCUACUGCACAUAUUUGAUUUUUUUUUUGUAACCUUCAAGCUCAUUGAAUUGCAGAAAGAUAAACUUUAUUUUCAAUUGGAAAGAUAUAUUUAUAGUUUCAAUAUAUGGAAAAUGAAAAUGAAAAGGGAAAAUUCUUUCUGUUC